CUUUCCAUUAUUAUUUAAUUGUAAGUUCACAUUGACAGUACCCAUAUACACCCAAGCUUUCUCCUCUGGAAAAAUCCAUGGAGAACAAGCAAGACCACAGAAAUUAUGCCGAUGAAGACGAACCAGUCAUCAACUAUAGAGGAAUUAAAGCCAUGCCUUUUAUAAUUGGAAAUGAGACGUUUGAGAAGCUUGGUACUGUAGGGUCAUCAACAAAUCUUGUGGUGUAUUUGAGUACAGUUUUCAACAUGAAGAGUGUUACUGCCACUACUAUUGUUAAUAUCUUCAAUGGCACCACUAACUUGGCUCCUUUGCUUGGAGCUUUCCUCUCUGAUACUUAUUUUGGACGUUACAACUCUUUGGGUUUUGCUUCUGUCGCUUCCUUUUUGGGUAUGCUGAUACUAAUGCUAACAGCAGCAAUCUCCACUUUACACCCACCAAACUGUAUAGGAAAAGAAAGCAGCAAUUGUAUCAGCCCAACAUCUUGGCAAUUAGCUUUCUUACUAAGUGGGUUUGGAUUUUUAGUAAUUGGAGCUGGUGGCAUCAGACCUUGCAAUCUUGCAUUUGGAGCUGAUCAAUUUAACCCUAACACAGAAUCAGGCAAAAGGGGUACUAGUAGCUUCUUCAACUGGUACUAUUUCACCUACAUAUUUGCAGUAAUGGUUUCAGUCACAGCUAUUGUUUAUGUCCAAUCAGAUGUUAGCUGGUCCAUUGGUUUAGCCAUUCCAGCUUUUCUCAUGUUCCUUUCUUGUGCUAUGUUCUUCUUAGGAACUAGCAUUUAUGUUAUUGUUAAACCACAAGGUAGUCCUUUAACUAGUGUGGCUCAAGUUCUUGUUGUUUCCAUCAAGAAGAGAGGCCUCAAUUUACCUGAAAACCCUAAAGUUUCUCUUUUCAAUUAUGUUCCUGCCAAAUUUAUCAACUCCAAGCUCGCCCAUUCAGACCAAUUCAGGUUCCUUGAUAAGGCUGCAAUAAUUACAGAAGAUGACCAAAUCAACUCAGAUGGCUCAGCUACAAAUCCAUGGAAACUUUGUAGCAUCCAACAAAUAGAAGAAGUAAAAUGCUUGGUAAGAAUAAUACCAAUAUGGGCAUCAGCUAUAAUCUACCAUGUCCCGUUAAUCCAACAACAAACCUACGUCGUUUUCCAAGCCCUACAACUAGACAGAAGCUUAGGGACUAGUAACUUUCAAAUUCCUGCAGCUACAUACAUAAUUUUUACCAUGGUUACUCUCACAAUUUGGAUACCUAUUUACGACCGAAUUUUGGUUCCCUUUUUGCAAAAAAUUACUGGGAAAGAAGGAGGAUUUACAUUACUUCAAAGAAUGGGGAUUGGCAUCAUUCUUGCCAUUCUUUGUAUGGUUAUUUCUGGACUAGUCGAAGGACGAAGAAGAAAUCUUUCUUUCGAUAAGCAAACGCUAGGAAUCGCCCCGAGAGGGGGUGCGAUUUCAUCCAUGUCUAGUAUGUGGUUAGUGCCUCAACUUGCACUAGCUGGAUUAUCUGAAGGGUUUAAUUAUGUAGCACAAGUUGAAUUUUAUUACAAGCAAUUUCCUGAAAAUAUGAGGAGCAUUGCUGGAUCAGCAUUUUUUGCUGGUCUUGCAUUAGCCAAUUAUUUGAGUGGCUUUCUUGUUUCUACUACUCAUAAGAUUAGUUCAAGAAGUAAAAAUGGAGAUUGGUUGUCUGAAGAUCUUAACAAAGGGAAAUUGGAUUAUUUUUAUUAUGUUAUUGGUGGUUUGGGAGUACUCAAUUUUGCAUAUUUUUUAUUUUGUGCCAAGUGGUAUAGAUAUAAAGAUGUAAAUUAUAGGGUAGUUGAGAUGGGUGUUGGGAAAAUAAAGGGAUCAGAUAAGAAUUUUGUAUGAAAUGAUUUGUAUCCCAUUAUUUUAGCUAUUAAAGUUUUUAAUAAUUGAGUGUAUC